GUGGUCCUUAGGAAGUCGGUCAGUAGGUUUGUGUCCGGGUAGGUCCAAGUGGUGAGGAGUGGGACCUCUGUCGUGCACCUGACACCACCAUGGUAGACACCCGGCUCGGCACCUCCACUAUGCCGAACACAAAGGAGGAGGAGGCGAAGAUGGCCGCCAUCCUGCAGGAGAGAAAGGAGAAGAAGGAGGCCAAGAAGAAGGCCUUGAAGGAGGAGCAGGCGGGCAAAUUGAAGAAGAUGGAAGAAGAGAUUGCCAGGGAGAAAGAGAGGUUAAAGAAGGAAGAAGAAGAGAAACUGAAGACGGUGGUUGAAGAAGAGGACGGCCCGCCACUGCAAAGGAGUAGUGGGCAACCCAGUAGUAGUACCGGUGGAGACCUGGAGAAGAGGAUAUAUGAAUGGGUUGCCAACCUGACUGUGGGAGAAAAGGAAGAGGUUAGUAUGUAUAUCCCGCAGGAUCAGCAAGAAGCUGCCAUGAAGGCUUGGGAUGCAGAGAAAGACCCUCUUAAACGUCAAGCGUUGGAAGACGAGAAGAGGAUGGAAUGGAAAUUAGCGGUGAUGAGGGAGAAGAAGAGGAGAAUUGACAAGGCAGCGGAGGCGGAAGAGGCCUUAGAGGAAGUGAAGAAGAUAGAGGCGCAAUUAGCCGCCCAGCCCGAUCUCCCGAGUCAGAUGCGAGUCAUAGCUCGGAGCGUCGCAUGCCUGGCACAGGUUCAGGCAGACCAAUAUGACUUUAGCAGAAGUCAGGACAUAGUUGUGCGUUCGAUACGGUUGGGCUUUCGAGACUUUGCUCGUGAGCUGGUAGGCGCCGUUGGAGCCGAGGUGGGUCACCGCCUCGACAAGACUGAGCGGUUUUGUGCUGGCGCCAUUGAAGGCGUCAAGGCGGUAGCUCCCAAGGAGGAGGAAGCACGUCCUCCUCGCCGGGAGCCUGUCAAAGUCAAGUUCCCCGAUUCCUACAGYGGGAAGAGGGAGGAAAACUUUGACAAUUGGGAGACCAACCGGGGAUCAUCCGAGAUGUUGGGCUUGAUGCUUCCCCCCCAUUGAGCCUGCCAUCCUAGACGGUUUUCGCUCAUCUGAAGUAUUGACCACGUUGAAUUUUCCUAAAUUAGAUUAGGAAUU